AUGGUUACUUCACGACGUUCAGUUGAGGAGCGCCGCUCAUCCUGCGCUUCGAGCUCGACUUCAACAACAACUUCCACAUCUGCACCCCUUCACUCGAGCUUCUUGUCAGCUGAUGCAACCGCGGUUAACACCGCUGCGCCUACGCGAAGAAACAGUAUUUCGUCCAGCAACGUUCUGUGCUCCUCUUCCACUGAAAAGACCGCUGGUGCCAGUCUUGGCCAUCCAAAAGAAGGUGGAGUAUCGCCAAAAUGCCUCGCACAGCGUCUUCUCCAACAAAAAUACCCGCAAAACUUUCUGUCCUCGAAAGGUGAACCCGCCCCAACGGACAUCGACACAUGUCCCAAUACGCUGGUUGCCAACACUCCACGUGCUUCCUUUGACAAGCUCGACCGUGCCAAGCUUGAUGUUGCAGACUGCUCCCCUUCGUACCCAAGCCAAGAUGUCGAGAAAGCUGCUUCAUCUCAAGAGUCUCUGUAUGGACCAGCACCCGAUGGCGGCCUACAAGCCUGGCUCGUGGUCGCCGGCACUUUCUUGCUCAUCAUGACCAACUUUGGUCUGCUCACAUCCUACGGCGUCUUUCAAAGUUACUAUGUCUCCCACCAACUUGCUCACUUACCCGCUUCAACAGUUAGCUGGAUCGGAAGCUUGCAGACCUUCAUGAUCCUCGGCGGUUCUUUCGUGUUUGGCAAGAUCUCUGACGACCAUGGUGGUCGAUGGGUUCUUAUCUGUGGCAGCAUCGUUACAUUCACUGCGAUGCUGGGCAUGUCAUUCUGCUCCACGUUAGUCCAGUUGAUUGUGGUGCAGGGAGUUCUCUUUGGCCUGGGAGGAAGUAUGCUUUUCUUGCCUGGCUGUGCGUUGGUCAACCAGUACUUUGAUAGGCGUAAAGGAACGGCCAUGGCGAUCAUCCUCGGUGCGGCAAGCUUCGGAGGUAUCAUCUGGCCUCUCAUUCUUCAGUCGCUGUUUGACCAGCCCAACAUUGGAUAUUCUUGGGGCGUACGGAUCGCAGCUCUUCUGCUGGCCAUCUUGCUGACCAUCAGCAAUGCACUCAUGCGACCAAGAUUGCCGCCCAGCCCAAAAUCGCUUCGUCAGCCCUGGUCUCAAGCCUGGACGCUGCUCACUCAAGAUGCGGCGACAUACACGCUUUUUGUGGUGGGAACCGCGGUGCUUUUCAUCAACUUCUUCGUGCCUUUCUUCACGAUCGCUUCGUACGCCAAAAAAGUGGGAUUCACGCCCUCUAUGGCGACACACAUGGUAGCCAUCAUGAACGCCGCCAGCAUGGUUGGUCGUUUGUCCUCGGGGCCCUUGGCGGAUCGAUAUGGCCGCUUCAACGUGCUCUGCCUUUUCGGCAUCGCGAGCUUCCUCUCCUUGGUUCUCUUCUGGCCUAUUCCUGGACUGACACUGACCAAAUCUGGAGUGAUCACACUUUCGAUCACUUACGGUCUGACGUCCGGUGGAAUCAUCGCUACUGUCGGUUCGUGUGUGGCGCAGAUCUCUCGCAAGAAUUCAGGUGCUAGACUCGGCCUGAUGUGGACCGCUGCUGCUCCAGGAUCGCUGGUGGGGCCUGUCAUUUCCACAACACUCGUCACCAAGAUGGAUGGCGAGUAUACAGCGCUCGCCAUGUGGGCUGCAGGUACCACGCUCCUCGGCUCCAUCAUUAUCGCCAAAGUUCGCUUCACCCUUGCAAAUGGCAAGUGGAGCGUCAAGGUCUAA